GAUUCGGCUUGGAAGUGGGUCGCUCACCAAGCCAAGCGUAUUCAACUUCAAUCUCUUUUGUGUUGGUUUGUGUUGUUGCGGAUGAGUGGAGGCCUACUUCUUCUCCCCCCUUCCCCCCUAGAGGUCUCUGCCGACGAUCAUCUUCCAAGUUUUUCAAAAAAUAAAAGCCACCGCCAGCCGAGGUCUUCUUGGAUUGUUCUGAUGAGUUUUGUGAAGAACGCGCGUUGUGUUCACACUUCCAGAAAAAGUAACUCUGGCAUCUCUCGGAUGCGACUCAUGGCGGAUACACAGCUUUUAGUUUUUCUUCUUCUGGCAUGCACGUGGACGGCAACAUCUGGUCAACUAAACCGAUUAAAAGUACCACGUCAUAGAGUUGGCACCUCUAAAUUCUCUCUGAACCCCUUAAAGCCACUGAUGAAUCUGAUGCGCCAAGAUCCAAUGAAGGCGUCUGCUACAAGGCAUCAUAUGAAGUACUUACCUCCUCCUCCCAGCAUGUACCAACAGAUGGCACUUCCAUCCAGAACUUCCAGCGUCGUGUACGGUAUGCAUCCUUAUCGGCCUUACCCUUCCCACCAUGUGAGAAUGCUUCCACCAUCAACAGUAUCUCUGCUACCGCAGUACAUGGCAUCCCCAUCUUCGCACAUGUAUUCAAAUAUUUACAAUGACCAUCAAGUCUACAGACCUUUGCCAUCGGACAUGCAAGUUAAGGCAGUUCGCAUCCCAACCAAAAUCCGGAAGCCAGCAGCAUCAGUGGAUUCUUUGAACAUAGCUGACUCAGUGGUGCGUCAGCUACUGGAUAUGUCCAGUCAGAAACAGCAAUCUGAAAACAACAAUAAUCCAUCCGUACUGGUCAUAGAAGAUCCAGAUGUGACCUCUUCCAGUCAACAGUCGGAGAUAUUUGGUGAUACUUUAGCACAAUCUCCACAAAAGAUAAUGUUAGCGCCUCCGGUUCAUGCGGAGUACGCGCAAGAUUCGUCAGCAGAUGUGUCAAGCAAUUCCGCGAGCAAUCCAGAAGUAUUUGUAAUUGUUUCUAAAAACAAAGGUAAAAACAAUUAUUAUAUAGAUGAAAAGAAACAAGAUCUCCUUUCCUCGCCAAGUUCUUCAUCGAAAUCGAAGAAAUUUAAGAUUACCUCUGCUUAUGAUGAAAAUGGCGAUCGCCAAGUCUGGAUCAUCAAGUAAAUGAAACCUCAUCUGAUUAGUUGAAUGUACAAGACUGUAUCGUCUGUUUAACCUAUCAAUCUUAUUUACAGCCAAUGUUCCAUGAAGGAACGGAAAUGUUCAAAGAAUCUGAUGAACUUGCAAUAAUGAAAACGAAAGACUUAAACAUAUCUGAUCCUUAAAAAUAUAAACUUUCUUUCACUCCUGGUGAGUGAACAAAUAAAACAUUUUUGGUGCUGGCACAUUUUUUUGUUGACAGCAAAAUGAUAUGAAAGUUUUACAAAUCAUUUUGUCAUAGUAUUAAUUCCAACAGAAAGAUUGUGAAAUCUUUAUGUUAAAAAAAAUAUUGUAAUUAGUUAUAUAUGCAUUUAAAAAAAGUAAUGAAAAUAUUUCAUUGACACGCUGGACGUGUAGUCACGGCCAUUUCUUGUAAACGAAAUCAAAUAUACAAAAAUCCUUAAAAUAUCGACUGAGUUAUUUUACUAGUAAUAAUGAAUAUAAACUUUAUCAAUUAUAUUUCCAACCAAUGACAUAAGACCAUACAGAUUAAAAAUCUGGACACUAUAAACUUACCUAACCCAAUCACACGAUUAAUGCAGUCUAUAAAAUAUUAAUAAUUUAUUUGCUUAGUUCUGUAGAUGUUUUACACCUUUUUUAGACAAAACCUAAAACGUUAUUUGACAGUGAAGAAAUUAUAAAUCACUUUCUAUCAUGGCACUAAUCAGUUUUUAUUCCGAAUUUUUUUUUAAUUAAAUAGUUUUCAUUUUUCACAUGAAUCAACUUUUAUACUUACAGUAAAUGACUCAGUUAUAUAUUUAAAAAAAUGCAUGACGCAACUACA